GUCAGCUCUAAUUUUAUUCGGAUUGGACGGGGGUUUUCCCAAGCUUGGAAGUGAUCGUUCCACUUUGUCCAACAAAGGCUGAAUACGACUGAGAUUAGAAGAAUGAUAUGGCCAUGGAAGCAAUCUUAACUCCAAAAAGAAGCAAGUUCUAUUUUCUUCAAGCCAAUAUGUAAUUGAUUGUACACGGUGUCAAGGCCUAUAGUCGCAAUGAAAGUGCCUAUCUACGUUAGGGAAAAUCGCAGCCAUAAACGAAGAUACACGAAUCGGUAAUGAUAAGGAGGUAAGCUGUGUGGUUUAGUACUAUUUCCAGAUAUAAAGGUACCCACCUCACUCCAGGAAGAUAUUCACGAAACCAUAAUUCCAUGGCUAACAGCUUGAAAAUUUGUUAUUGGGCAAGAGUAGUCCAUAAAUUCGUUCUGUUUGUGUGAUAUUUUGACUCUGUCAUGCGCAUGAUGCAAGAGGAAACGAGGUCCCAUAGCAAACGUGAUUUCCUGUUUAUCAAUGAUAGCAUGGGCAUGGUGAUCAGGUUAUCAAUUUUUUAAUUUUUAAAUUAACAGUAAAAUUGUAUAUACUGCUGCGAUUUAAAUCGUCAUGAGCAAAUCCUAUCCAAAUUGUUGGUGAUGUCAAAAUCUUGAUUCGAGCAUCUACCAUCAGUCAUAAAGACGUUCCUGGGCCCUCAAAGCCCUGCUGGCCCUACAGAAUGAGGAAAUGGUAUUUCAUUUACAUCAGGCUCCUCUCUGGAUCAUUAGUGAUGUGCUGGAUCACCUAAAACGAAAAAAGGAAUAACAAUUCGUUUACAGUGCAUUCACACCAAUCUGUGGGUUACUUUCUCUAUAUGGAAGAAAAAUAUCAAUAUUUUAAUUACACCUUUCUGUUUUUGACAUGAUUACAGUUUAAAUGCAGGUACCAUACGUCACCUUUCUCAUUUGAAAUUUUCGAAUGCGAUUCAAACUAACAGCUGUGAUAGAUAAACUUUUUAAAAACUAGCGCUUUCUUCCCAUUACCCAUGUUCAGCAUAUAUUUUUAGUUCCGUUAAAGGGUCAAAAAAGUAUUUCCAGUAUCGCCCUGUUAAAGGCAGACAUUUGUUUUUAACAUUAGAAGUACUAGCAUUGAAUGCAUAUCUGAUUUUAACCAUCUAAAAGCUGUUAUUUUGAAAAGUUGAUAAUUUUAGGGUUAAAUAUUUAAAAAAAGUUCUUGUUUCCUUGUUUUAAAAAUUUGUUUAGGUACCAGUGGCACUGCUGAGUCUUACUCUGUUGGGUAAAGACGUGUAUUUAAAGAUAUUUAGAAGAGGAGAUAUCAAUCAAAAUAAAGAUGGAUGUGAAAGUGAGAGUUCAGCACCCAGGAUUCCAACAGAUUUUUCGGAAGAAAAAUUCGAUACAAAUCCUGUGCCACCUUUACAAACCAUUCUUAUCACAUUUUUGUGCGCAUCAUUAAUGUUUCUCUAUGAUGGCCUCCAAGCAGUUUACGGAGGAUACUUGUAUUCUUAUGCUGUUAAAGGCCCAGUUAAUCUAAAGAGAUCUAACGCAGCGUACCUAAAUGCUCUUUUUUGGGGAAUGUUUGCAGCAGGUAGAUUAAUCUCCAUUGCUCUGGCGACUCGACUGGCCCCUGCAUUCAUGCUUGGUUGUAAUAUCGUAGGCUGUACUUUCGGUAUGCUGCUGAUGCUCGCGCUAAAGCACAGCAAAGGAAUCCUCAUCUUUGGUACCUGCAUCAUUGGAUUAUUCAUGAGUUCCGUCUUUCCAACUGCGCUAUCACUUACAGAGCAGUACAUUAAAGUUACCCCUACUAUAACCUCAUUCCUUGUGUUUGGGGCUGCCCUCGGAGAGAUGUCUAUGCCUGUAGUUUUAGGACAUGAAUUUGAUCGGGCUGGUCCUAUUACAUUUUUGAUAACUGGCGUUGUUCUCUGCUUCUUAUCUCUCAUUAUUUACAUGGUGCUUUGGAUUGUUGGACGUUCAGUGGCCCAUUAUACAGGUUCCAGCGUGACGGGGCUUUUUUCAUCUUGCUUUCCUUCAAGAGCUGCUGCAGAAGGUGAAGAAACCAGUCUUACCACACAACACGUUCGCUAUUACUCCAGAAUGAAAGGCGACACUUCCGAAAACAGUUUAGAUGCGCAGCAAGAAUCUUCAUUCACAGAGCAGCCAACUAGUCAACCUCAGUAAUAAUAUUUUCAUUCUCAAACAAUAAGGCAUUUCUAUUAACUAAUUGUAUUCUACUUGUGAUAUCUUCUGCCAUAAUUCGAUAAGCGUUUUCAAUCUUCUUAGUGUGCAUAUAACAUAAUAAAUAACCAAGCUUAUUUCAUUUCAUCCCAGUAUACUUGCAAAAUAUACUUUAAAGACAUAUAAUUAUCAAGAGGAAUUUAAUUCAGUUAAAUAAUAGUUCAAUAGAAACUAAAAACCUUUAGUUUCGUGGAUUGAUGUUGUCUCUGUCAUUUCUAAAGAGGCCUUAGACUUAUAUCUAUAUAUGUAAAAUAGCUAAACAAGUACAAAAUCUAGAAUACUUCAUUUUUCCUCUUAGAUCAGAAUUUUUCCUCUUUCUUAUUGGUUCACCGAGUGUUACAGAACUUUUCCUGAAAAAUUAGAAGUGUUUGACUUAGUAAAAUGCCUGUUAAUUUAUCUAAUUCAUCAAUUAAGUUUAAUCGCUCUAAUUUCUAAUGAAAUAAGAACUUUUGAAAUAUUUUUGUUACUUCCAUAUGUUAAUUUAAUUAUUGAAAACUUUUAUUAAAAGAUAUCGCUCUUUAAAGUGGAAAUAUAAUAAAAUGAAAAAAAAAAAAAAAAUGUCAGCAAGUAUCAUAAAAUUAACUCUGUUUUAACAAAUAUAUUUUUUUAUAAUUUAAAAUAUAUUCAAACACUUCUAAUGGUACAUAACUCUUUACCUAGAAGCCAGAAUGUCUCAUCUUUAUCCUGUAAAAUAAACUGACUAGUGUUAAAAUGCUACGCAUUUUGUCAAAUUUUGUAAAACUCUGUUGUAAAUAGCAAUAAAAUUUUAAUAAAAUGGAACUGAAAAUGAA